CCGCGCGCGUCCUGUGCUGCAGGUGAAGCUGGUGAACAUCCGCAACGAUGACAUCGCCGACGGCAACCCCAAGCUGACGCUGGGGCUCAUCUGGACCAUCAUCCUCCACUUCCAGAUCUCAGACAUCCAGGUGACGGGGCAGUCGGAGGACAUGACAGCCAAGGAGAAGCUGCUGCUCUGGUCACAGCGGAUGGUGGAGGAUUACCAGGGCCUCCGCUGUGACAACUUCACCACCAGCUGGCGGGACGGGCGCCUCUUCAAUGCCAUCAUUCACCGGCACAGGCCAAUGCUGAUCGACAUGAGCCGGGUGUACCGCCAGAGCAACCUGGAGAACCUGGACCAGGCCUUCACCGUGGCCGAGCGGGACCUGGGGGUGACGCGGCUGCUGGACCCCGAAGACGUGGACGUGGCGCAGCCGGACGAGAAGUCCAUCAUCACCUACGUGUCCUCCCUGUACGACGCCAUGCCGCGCGUGCCCGAGGUGCAGGACGGCGUCAAGGCCAACGAGCUGCAGCUGCGCUGGCAGGAGUACUACGAGGUGGUGACGGGGCUGCUGCAGUGGAGCCGGCAGCACUCGGCGCUCUUCGAGGAGCGUCGCCUCCCUGCCAGCUACGAGGAGAUCGAGAAACUGCUGGAGGAGUGUGAGCAGCACAAGGAUAAGGUGGAGGAGUGCCAGCGCUACGCCAAGCAAUACAUCGACGCCAUCAAGGACUAUGAGCUGCAGCUGGUGAGCUUCAAGGCGCAGGUGGAGCCGGUGGCAUCGCCGGCCAAGAAGCCCAAAGUGCAGUCAGCAUCUGACAGCAUCAUCCAGGAGUACGUGGACCUGCGGACGCAGUACAGUGAGCUGACCACGCUCACCACCCAGUACAUCAAGUUCAUCACCGAGACCCUGCGGCGGCUGGAGGACGAGGAGAAAGCCGCCGAGAAGCUGAAAGAGGAGGAGAGGAAGCGGCUGGCGGAGGUGGAGGCGCAGCUGGAGAAGCAGCGGCAGCUGGCCGAGGCCCACGCCAAAGCCAAGGCACAGGCGGAGGCGGAGGCGCGGGAGCUGCAGCUCCGCAUGCAGGAGGAGGUCACCCGGCGGGAGGUGGUGGCCGUGGAUGCCGAGCAGCAGAAGCAGAACAUCCAGCAGGAGUUGAUGCAGCUGCGGCAGAACUCGGACCACCAGAUCAAGUCCAAGGUGAAGCUGAUCGAGGAGGCCGAGUACAACCGCAAGAAAGUGGAGGAGGAGAUCCGCCUCAUCCGCCUGCAGCUGGAGAGCACCGAGAAGCAGCGGGAGAGCGCGGAGACGGAGCUGCAGGAGCUGCGGGCACGUGCCGAAGAGGCCGAGCGGCAGAAGCGGCAGGCACAGGAGGAAGCCGAGCGCCUGCGCCGGCAGGUGAAGGAGGAGAGCCAGAAGAAGCGGGAGGCGGAGGAGGAGCUGAAGCGCAAGGUGCAAGCCGAGCGUGAAGCGGCGCGGGAGAAGCAGAAGGCAGUGGCGGACCUGGAGCAGCUGCGGCUGCAGGCGGAGGAGGCUGAGCGACGCAUGCGGCAGGCAGAGGCUGAGAAGGACCGGCAGAUCCAGGUGGCCCAGGAGGUGGCCCAGCGCAGCGCUGAGGCCGAGCUGCAGAGCAAGAGGCUUUCUUUCGCCGAGAAGACAGCGCAGCUGGAGCUGUCGCUGCAGCAGGAGCAUGACGUGGUAGCCCAGCUGCAGGAGGAGGCUGAGCGGCUGAAGAGGCAGCAGCUGGAGGCCGAGCACUCGCGGGAGGAGGCUGAGAAGGAGCUGGAGCGCUGGCGGCAGAAGGCCAACGAGGCGCUGCGCCUGCGGUUGCAGGCCGAAGAGGUGGCCCACAAGAAGUCGCUGGCACAGGAGGAGGCCGAGAAGCAGAAGGAGGAUGCAGAGCGCGAGGCCCGCAAGCGCGCCAAGGCAGAGGAGGCCGCCCUGCGGCAGAAGGAGCUCGCGGAGGAAGAGCUGGAAAAGCAGCGGGAGCUGGCAGAGGGCACGGCCCAGCAGAAGCUGGUGGCCGAGCAGGAGCUGAUCCGGCUGAAGGCGGAGAUGGAGAACGGGGAGCAGCAGCGCCUGCUCCUGGAGGAAGAGCUCUCACGGCUGAAGGGGGAGGUAAACGAGGCCAUCCAGAGGAGGAAAGAGCUGGAGGAGGAACUGGCCAAGCUGCGGGCAGAAAUGGAGGUCCUGCUGGAGAGCAAGGCCAAGACGGAGGAGGAAUCGCGCUCCAGCAGUGAGAAGUCCAAGCAGCGGCUGGAGGCGGAGGCCAACAAGCUGCGGGAGCUGGCCGAGGAGGCCGCCCGCCUGCGCGCCCUCUCCGAGGAGGCCAAGCGACAGCGGCAGCUGGCAGAGGAUGAGGCCAGCCGGCAACGGGCCGAGGCCGAGCGCAUCUUGAAGGAGAAGCUGGCGGCCAUCAACGAGGCCUCACGGCUGAAGGCGGAGGCGGAGAUCGCGCUGAAGGAGAAGGAGGCCGAGAACGAGCGGCUGCGGCGGCUGGCAGAGGAUGAGGCCUACCAGCGCAAGCUGCUGGAGGAGCAGGCGGCCCAACACAAGCAGGACAUUGAGGAGAAGAUUGCCCUGCUGAAGCGCUCCUCAGAGAGCGAGCUGGAGAGGCAGAAGGGGCUCGUGGAGGAUACGCUGCGGCAGCGGCGGCAGGUGGAGGAGGAGAUCCGUGCCCUCAAAGCCAGCUUCGAGAAGGCCUCAGCUGGCAAGAGCGAGCUGGAGCGGGAACUGAACCGCAUCCGUGGGGAGGCGGAGGAGGUGCAGCGCAGCCGGGAGCAGGCAGAGCGGGAGGCUGAGCGGCAGCGGGCGCUGGCGCUGGAGGAGGAGGGCCGGCGGCGCGAGGCCGAAGAGAAGGUGCAGGCCAUCCUGGCGGCCGAGGAGGAGGCCGCCCGCAUGCGGCAGCUGGCUGAGGACGACCUGGCGCAGCAGCGGGCGCUGGCGGAGAAGAUGUUGAAGGAGAAGAUGCAGGCGGUGCAGGAGGCCACGCGGCUGCGGGCUGAGGCUGAAAUGCUGCAGAAGCAGAAGGAUCUGGCGCAGGAACACGCCAAGAAGCUGCAGGAGGACAAGGAGCAAAUGCAGCAGCGCCUGGCUGAGGAGACCGAAGGCUUCCAGAAGACACUGGAGGCCGAGCGCCGGCGGCAGCUGGACAUCACAGCUGAGGCUGAGCGCCUCAAGCUGCAAGUGGCCGAGAUGAGCAUGGCCCAGGCCAAGGCUGAGGAGGAAGCCAAGCGGUUCAAGAAGCAGGCGGAGGAGAUCAGUGAGAGGCUGCAUGAGACGGAGCUGGCCACACAGGAGAAGAUGACGAUGGUGCACACCCUGGAGAUCCAGCGGCACCAGAGCGAUGAGGACGCAGAAAAGCUGCGGAGGGCCAUCGCUGACCUGGAGAAGGAGAAGGAGAAGCUGAAGCAGGAGGCAGCGCUGCUGCAGCAGAAGGCAGAGGAGAUGCAGGUGGCCCAGCAGGCUCAGCUCCGUCAGGAGACGCAGCUCCUGCAGCAGAGCUUCCUGACGGAGAAAGAUGCCCUGCUGCAGAAGGAGAAGUUCAUUGAGGAGGAGAAAGCAAAGCUGGAGAAGCUCUUUAAGGAUGAGGUGAACAAAGCCCAGAACCUGAAGGCAGAGCAGGAGCGGCAGCAGCAGGAGAUGGAGCAGGAGAAGCAGCAGUUGAAAGCUAUGUUAGAUGAAGCUAAGAAGCAUCAGAAGGAAGCUGAGGAAAACGUCAGGCACAAGCAGGAGGAGCUACAGCAGCUGGAGAGGCAGCGACAGCAGCAGGAGAAGCUUCUGGAAGAAGAGAACAAGAAGCUGAGGGAGAGGCUCGAGCAGAUGCAGGAGGAGUACAAGGCUGCCCUGGCCCAGCGACGGGAGAUCAUGAUCCAGACAGAUGACCUGCCUGGGGAGGUGGUUACCACAACGCAGCUGCUGGACAUCAAGGCUGUGCCCAAUGGCCGGGAUGCAGUGGAUGGCUUAGCCCAGAAUGGGGAGCCGGAGUUCGCCUUUGACGGCAUCAGGCAGAAGGUGUCGGCAGAGAAGCUGGCUGAUGCUGGCAUUCUGAGCAGGGAGAGCUUAGACAAGUUGGCAAAGGGAGUUGUGAGCGUGGGCGAGCUCUCUCAGAGGGAGGAUGUCAAGAAGUACCUGCAGGGCAAGAGCAGCAUUGCUGGUUUGCUGAUCAAACCCUCCAACCAGAAGAUGAGCAUCUACGAAGCCAUGAAGAAGAAGCUGCUGAGCCCAGGCACAGCCCUGGUGCUCCUGGAGGCACAGGCCGCUUCUGGCUUCAUCAUUGACCCCGUGCGGAACGCGAGGCUCUCGGUGAAUGAGGCGGUGCGGGAGGGAGUGAUCGGGCCAGAGCUGCACAACAAGAUGCUGUCGGCCGAGCGGGCCGUCACCGGCUAUAAAGAUCCGUACACAGGUGACAAGAUCUCCCUGUUCCAGGCCAUGCAGAAGGAUCUCAUUGUCAGGGAUCACGGCAUCCGCCUGCUCGAGGCCCAGAUCGCCACCGGCGGCAUCAUCGAUCCCGUCAACAGCCACCGCCUGCCCGUGGAAGCCGCCUACAAGCGCGGCUACUUCGAUGAGGAGAUGAAUCAGGUCCUGUCUGACCCCACUGACGACACCAAGGGCUUCUUCGACCCCAACACUCAGGAGAACCUCACCUACCUGCAGCUCAUGGAGCGGUGCGUGACUGACCCGGACACGGGGCUGUGCCUCCUGCCCCUCACCGACCAAGCAGCCAAAGCUGGAGAGCUGGUCUACACUGACAAGGAAGCCAAGGAUGUCUUCAAGAAGGCCACAGUGACGGCACCGUUUGGCAAGUUCCAAGGGAAGACGAUGACCAUCUGGGAGCUCAUCAACUCUGAAUACUUCACUGAGGACCAAAGGCGGGACCUGAUCCAGCAGUACAGGACUGGCAAGAUCACGGUGGAGAAGAUCAUCAAGAUCGUCAUCACGGUUGUGGAGGAAAGUGAGAAAAAGAGCCAGAUGUGCUUUGAGGGCCUGCGGGGCCCCGUGCCCGCUGCCGAGCUGCUCGAGAGCAAGAUCAUCAACAAGGACCUCUACAACCAGCUGCACCAGGGCAAGAAGUCCAUAAAGGAUGUGGCAGAGAUGGAGUCCGUACGGCAGUACCUGAAGGGCACGGAUGCCAUCGCUGGUGUCCUGGUGGAGUCUACGGGCCAGAAGCUCACCUUCUACGAGGCCCUGAAGAGGAACUUGCUGAAGCCAGAAGUUGCCCUGUCCCUGCUGGAGGCACAAGCUGCCACCGGCUACAUCAUCGACCCUGUGGGUAACAAGCUCUUCUCUGUGGAUGAGGCGGUGAAGGCUGAGGUGGUGGGGCCAGAGUUCCACGAGAAGCUGCUGUCGGCAGAGAAGGCAGUGACUGGCUACAAGGAUCCCUACACAGGUCAGACGGUUUCCCUCUACCAAGCGCUCCAGAAGGGCCUCAUCCCCAGCGACACUGGGCUCCGGCUGCUGGACGUCCAGCUUGCCACCGGUGGCAUCAUCGACCCCGUCAACAGCCACCGGCUCCCGCUUGAGGUCGCCUACAAGCGCGGCUACUUUGACGCGGAGAUAAACAAGGCUCUGUCUGAGCUCCGAGACGAUGCCAGGGCUUUCUACUGUCCCAACACCCAGGAACACCUCACCUACGCCCAGCUGCAGAAGAGCUGCCACCGCGACAAGCAGACCGGCCUGUGUCUGCUGCCCCUGUCCGACAAGGCGAUCCAGUCGCAGCAGGAGGAGGUCUACACCGACAGCCAGGCCAAGGAGUGCUUCGACAAAGCAACCAUAGAGGUCCCGGUGGGCAGCAUGAAGGGCCAGACAAUGACCAUCUGGGAGCUGAUCCACUCUGAAUACUUCACAGAGGAGCACAGGCGGGAGCUGCUCCGACAGUACAAGACUGGCAAAGUGACAAUCGAGAAGAUCAUCAAGAUCGUGAUCACCAUCAUCGAGGAGGCAGAGACCAAAAAGCAGGAGAAACUGACAUUCAGCGGUCUGCGUGCACCGGUGCCAGCCAGCGAGCUGCUGGAGUCCCGCAUCAUCAGCAAAACCCAGUACGAGCAGCUGAAGGAAGGCAAGAAAUCAGUGAAGGACCUCUCUGAGACAGACGCGGUGAGGAGAUUCCUGCACGGCAGUGACUGCAUUGCCGGUGUCUAUGUGGAAGCCACCAAGGAGAAGCUGAACAUCUACGAGGCCAUGAAGAGGAACCUGCUGAGGCCCAGCACUGCCGUGGUCCUCCUGGAGGCCCAGGCAGCCACUGGCUUCUUGAUUGACCCUGUGAAGAACCGUAAGCUGUACGUCAACGAGGCGGUGAAGGCUGGCAUCGUCGGGCCUGAGCUGCACGAGAAGCUGCUGUCGGCUGAGAAGGCUGUCACGGGGUACAAGGAUCCCUACUCGGGCGAUACCAUCUCCCUGUUCCAGGCCAUGAAGAAAGGGCUUAUUGUCAAGGAGCACGGCAUCCGCCUGCUGGAGGCCCAGAUCGCCACCGGCGGCAUCAUCGACCCCGUGCACAGCCACCGCCUGCCCGUGGAGGUGGCCUACAAGCGUGGCUACUUCGACGAGGAGAUGAACCGGACCCUCUCCGACCCCACCGACGACACCAAGGGCUUCUUUGACCCCAACACUCAGGAGAACCUGACGUACCUGCAGCUGAAGGAGAGGUGCAUCGAGGACCCCGAGACGGGGCUAUACCUGCUGCCUCUGCGGGAGCCUGAGAAGCCAAAAGUGGUGGAAACCACUCACAUGUACACAGAAGCGGAGACACGGAAGGUGUUUGAGGAGACACAGGUGGACAUCCCUGUGGGCAGCCGGGCAGGCUCCUCCAUGUCGCUGUGGGAGAUCAUGCACUCGGACCUGCUCCCUGAGGAGCAGCGUAAACAUCUCAUGGAGGAGUUCCAGUCGGGCCGCGUGUCCAAGGAGCGCAUGAUCAUCAUUAUCAUCGAGAUCAUCGAGAAGACUGAGAUCAUCCGGCAGCAGAACCUCACAUCCUAUGACUACGUCCGGCGCCGCAUCACAGCUGAGGACCUCUACGAGGCCAAGAUUAUCUCACAGGACAUCUACAACCUGCUGAAACAAGGCUCCAAAACCUUCCGGGAGCUCCUGGACGUGGAGACUGUCUGGAAGUACCUUUACGGGUCGGGCUGCGUGGCUGGCAUCUACAUCCCCUCCUCCAAGCAGACACUCAGUGUCUACCAGGCGCUGAAGAAGGGGCUGAUUAACCCCGAAGUGGCCCGCUCCCUCCUGGAGGCCCAGGCAGCCACCGGCUUCAUUAUUGACCCCACGAAGAAUGAAAUGCUGACUGUGGAUGAGGCAGUGAGGAAGGGCGUGGUGGGGCCAGAGAUCCACGACCGGCUCCUGUCUGCUGAGAGGGCUGUGACCGGCUACAGAGACCCAUACAGCGAACAGAAGAUUUCCCUUUUCCAGGCCAUGAAGAAAGAUCUCAUUCCCAGCGAAGAGGCCCUCAAGCUCCUGGACGCCCAGAUCGCCACCGGCGGCGUAAUUGACCCUCACUUGGGCUUCCACCUGCCCCUGGAGGUGGCCUACCAGCGGGGCUUCAUCAACAGGGAGACGUACGACAUGCUGUCGGAGCCCAGCGAGGUGCGCAGCUACGUGGACCCCUCCACAGACGAGAAGCUCAGCUAUACCCAGCUGCUGAAGCGGUGCCGGAAGGACGAGAACUCCAGGCUCCUCCUGCUCCCGCUCUGCGACACACGGAAGCUCACCUUCCGGGGGCUGCGGAAACAGAUCACCGUGGAGGAGCUGGUCCUCUCGCAGGUGAUGGAUGAGGCCACAGCCCAGCGCCUCCAGGAGGGUCUCACCUCUGUUGAGGAGGUCUCUAAGAACCUGAAGAAGUUCCUGGAGGGCACCAGCUGCAUCGCUGGCGUCUUUGUGGACUCCACAAAGGAGCGUCUGUCCAUCUACCAGGCCAUGAAGAAGGGGAUCAUCCGGCCCGGCACUGCCUUCGAGCUCCUGGAGGCGCAGGCGGCCACGGGCUACGUGAUUGACCCCAUCAAGGGCCUCAAGCUGACAGUGGAGGAAGCUGUGCGCAUGGGCAUUGUGGGCCCCGAGUUCAAGGACAAGCUGCUCUCCGCUGAGAGGGCCGUCACCGGCUACCGGGACCCCUACACCGGAAAGCUCAUCUCCCUCUUCCAGGCUAUGAAGAAGGGUCUGAUCCUGAAGGACCACGGGAUCCGCUUGCUGGAGGCACAGAUCGCCACGGGAGGCAUCAUUGACCCUGAGGAGAGCCACCGCCUGCCCGUGGAGGUGGCCUACAAGCGGGGCCUCUUUGAUGAGGAGAUGAACGAGAUCCUGCUGGACCCCAGUGACGAUACCAAGGGCUUCUUCGACCCCAACACAGAGGAGAACCUCACUUACCUGCAGCUCAUGGAGCGGUGCAUCACAGACCCAGAGACUGGCCUCUGCCUCCUGCCUCUGAAGGAGAAAAAGCGGGAGAGGAAGACCUCCUCCAAGUCCUCCGUCCGCAAGCGCCGGGUGGUGAUCGUUGACCCGGAGACGGGCAAGGAGAUGUCCGUGUACGAAGCUUAUCGCAAGGGCCUCAUAGACCACCAGACUUACCUGGAGCUGUCAGAGCAGGAGUGCGAGUGGGAGGAGAUCACCACCUCCUCCUCUGAUGGCGUGGUGAAGUCAAUGAUCAUCGACAGGCGCUCGGGCCGCCAGUAUGACAUCGAUGAUGCCAUUGGCAAGGGUCUGAUUGACCAGUCAGCCCUGGACCAGUACCGCUCGGGCACCCUCUCCAUCACCGAGUUUGCUGACAUGCUCUCUGGCAACAUGGGUGGCUUCCGGUCACGGUCGUCCUCAGUUGGAUCCUCCUCCUCCUACACCGUCAGCCCAGCCCUGUCACGGACCCAGAUCUCCAUGUGGACUGACCCAACCGAAGAGACUGGGCCAGUGGCAGGCAUCCUGGACACGGACACUCUGGAGAAGGUGUCCAUCACCGAGGCGAUGCGCCGCAACCUGGUGGACAACAUCACAGGGCAGCGGCUGCUGGAAGCCCAGGCCUGCACCGGGGGCAUCAUCGACCCCAACACUGGUGACAAAUGCACCGUCGCUGACGCGGUCACCAAGGGCCUGGUGGACAAGAUCAUGGUGGACCGCAUCAACCUGGCGCAGAAGGCCUUCUACGGCUUUGAGGACCCGCGGACCAAGACAAAGAUGUCGGCGGCGCAGGCACUGAAGAAGGGCUGGCUGUACUACGAGGCCGGGCAGCGGUUCCUGGAGGUGCAGUACUUGACAGGGGGCCUGAUCGAGCCCGAUGCCCCGGGCCGCGUCUCCCUGGACGAGGCGCUGCAGAAGGGCACCAUUGAUGCGAGGACUGCCCAGAAGCUGCGGGAUGUCAACACCUAUUCCAAGUACCUCACCUGCCCCAAGACCAAGCUCAAGAUCUCCUACAAGGACGCCAUGGACCGGAGCAUGAUCGAGGAUGGGACUGGCCUGCGGCUGCUGGAGGCUUCCUCCCAAUCCAGCAAGGGCUACUACAGUCCCUACAACAUCAGCAGCGCCGGCUCCACCUCCGGCUCGCGCUCGGGCUCUCGCACCGGCUCCCGCUCAGGCUCCCGGCGUGGCAGUUUCGACGCCACCGGCUCCGGCUUCUCCAUGACCUUCUCUUCCUCCUCCUACUCCUCCUCGAGUUUCGGGCGCAGAUACGCAGGGGGCACCCAGGGCGCCGUGGAGGUGGCUGCCCUUGCCCUCGCCCUGGCCUCAUCCAGAAGCUGCGGGUGGGAGGCGAGCAGGGAGAGCUCCGGGGCGUGUGAGCCCCUGCUCCACGUGGCCUGAGACCUGCCAGCCCCCCGAGGCGCUGCCUCACCCGCUCCGCAUGUGGCAACGCUGCUGGCUAAUCACUAGUAUUUUUUUUUUAAUUUUGAACCUCCACUCUUCUCCCAAAGCAGUGCCUCAAGUUUAACCAAAAAGACAAGACUAAUAAAUUAAUAUAUGAG